AGCAAUAAUUACCUUAAAGACAAACCCACAGCAUUAUUUUCCUCCGUUCAUUUCCUGUUUAAUUUCUUUGCGUGUCCCCAUCCUAAAGACACUAGUACUUGUUAGAUUAGUUGUCCUCCACAAUUGAUAUUUCUCGUACAAAAAAACAUAUCAAACCACUCAGGGCUGAAUUUCCCUAAUCUUUUAAUUGAUUUUUCUUCGUAUAUACAAUCGCCACUACUUUAUUAUCAUAUUCUUAAGAAAACUGAUUUCUUUAUUAGCAGACUACCAAUGCAUUCUUUAAGAUUGCUGUUUUCCAUUUCUUACAUUAUUUUACAGUUUGCUACUCUGCUAACAAGUGCUCAAUUCUGUAUGAACAAUUUAGGAAACUACACAACAAACAGCACUUACCAAAGAAAUUUGAACAACCUCUUGUCCCAGUUCCUUGUCUCCAAUACCCAGAUCGACUAUGGUUUUUACAAUCUUUCCGUUGGCCAAGCCCCUGAUCAAGUCAAUGCGCUUGCACUUUGUAAAGGAGAUGUUUCGCUGGAUGAAUGUCGAGGCUGUAUCAGAAACUCUACUAGAGAAAUCACACAACAUUGUCCCAACCAGAAGGAGGUUCUUGGGUUUUAUGAUUCCUGCAUGUUCCGAUACUCAAACAGGUCAAUUUUCGGUGUCAUGGAAACACAGCCUACUAUUCACAUGAAGAAUGAAGAAAAUGUAACGGAUGUCAACCAGUUCAAUCAGGCACUGCAAACGUUAUUGAGUAGACUUCGAAGCAAAGCUGCAGCAGGAAACUCUACUAGAAAGUUUGCAACAGGAAAUGAAAGUGCAGGAUUCGAAACAAUAUUUGGACUUAUGCAGUGUACUCCUGAUAUAACAGAGCAGGAUUGCAAUGACUGUAUUGUUGCAGCUACUAGGGAUAUACCGAUUUGUUGUAAUGGAAAGUUGGGAGGGAGAGUAAUCAAACCCAGCUGCAAUUUCAGGUAUGAGAACUAUCGUUUUUACCAACCUACAUCUGAUGAUGAUGCAACACAUCCUUCACUGCCUGUAGACCCGUCUGUGUCUCCUCCUGCACCUAAAGAAGGAAACAAUAGGCGAAAUAUCAUUAUCAUUGUCGUUUUAACUGUAAGCAUUGUUUCACUUAUUAUCUGCGUUGGAAUUUUCAUAAAAGUGCGGAAGGCAAGGAAAAGAAUUGAAACUGCGGAGGAAAUAAUGAAUGUAGAAUCUUUGCAAUUCGACUUUGAGACUAUUAGAAUUUGCACUGAUGACUUUUCUGAGGAAAAUAAGCUUGGAGAAGGUGGAUUUGGUUCUGUUUACAAGGGUACACUUCCCAUGGGACAAGAUAUAGCAGUCAAAAGACUUUCUAAUGGUUCUAAACAAGGAGAUCUUGAGUUUAAAAAUGAAGUCCUGUUAGUGGCCAAACUUCAACACAGGAAUUUAGUUAGACUUCUUGGUUUCUGUUUGCAAGGAAUUGAAAGGCUUCUAAUUUAUGAGUUUGUGCCUAAUGCUAGUCUCGAUCAAUAUAUUUUUGAUCCGGUAAGAUGUGUGCAACUGGACUGGGAAAAGCGUUACAAAAUAAUUGGAGGCAUUGCUAGAGGGCUUCUUUAUCUUCACGAAGAUUCUCGGCUUCGAAUUAUUCACCGUGAUCUUAAAGCCAGUAAUAUUUUAUUGGACAGUGAUAUGAAUCCUAAAAUUUCAGAUUUUGGCAUGGCAAGAUUGUUUAUAAUGGAUCAAACACACAGUAACACAAGUAGAAUUGUGGGAACUUUCGGUUACAUGGCACCAGAAUAUGCAAUGCAUGGGCAAUUUUCAUUCAAGUCCGAUAUAUUUAGUUUUGGUGUAUUGAUUUUGGAAAUUGUGAGUGGUAUCAGAAAUAGUUGUUACUACAAUGAGGGAACUAUGGAGGAUCUUUUGAGCUAUGCAUGGAAAAACUGGGGAGAGGGAACAUCUUCAAAUCUUAUAGACCACAAUUUAAGGAGUGGUUCGACAGCUGAAAUAAUGAGAUGCAUCCACAUAGGGUUACUCUGCGUUCAAGAAAAUAUAGCUGAAAGGCCAUCUGUGGCUUCAAUUGUUCUUAUGCUAAGCAGUCACUCUCACACUCUUCCUGUACCCUCACAACCAGCUUUUUAUAUGUACAGCAGCACUGAAAUAAGUAUGUUACCUUCGAUUAACAAUUCAAGGGUGAUAAAGUCCGUACAUACUAGAUAAGGAACUCACAUCCUAGAGAAGUGAAGCCUUCUUUACUGAACUGUAGUAACUUGGUUAACCAUCACCGACGGUAGCACUCGUCAAAGUCGCUUGGAUAUUAAAUAGUCGCUUGCGUCCAUUUGUUUGAAGAUGCAACCGUGGAUUUGUCUCCAAAUAAAUGACAUGCUAAGUUUGGUUUAUUAGAUUGGGUUAUGUAAAAGAAAUUAAAUCAUUCAUCCUUGCAGAUUCUGUUGCAUUUAUGACCUUCUUUUGUGCUUUAUUUGGAAAUUGCAGAGAUAGCAGCAUAGUGAACAUGUUUAUACUUCAUUCCUAAUAGCUCAACAUCUUAAUCUAAUGAACUGUCAUUACUUGUUUUA